AUUGCCCAAAACUUGAAACAAGUGGCAGUUCCUGCUGCUCAUGCAUGAUCGUACACUUCCUGCUGAGUUGGGCCACCUCUUGGCGAUCAUGAUGCCCCUACAAUCAAACCCCAAUUAUUCAAAUCCUCAUCAUUAUUUGUCUUGACAAAUUCAAAUUCAAUUCACAUUACUAUAACACAACCCAUGUGAGUAAUUCCACCCCCUAUAAAAAGGGAUCCUGAUUCCUGAUCCCCAGUACUACAUAUCCAUGCAAUAGAGAUAGAAUUGAAGAUAGAGAAAGAGAUCAGAUCAGACAUGGAGGCUUGUAUUCUCAGAAACCCAUCUGCAUUCCAUGUUCUCUCAUCCCUUUUCUUCACUCUUCUUCUUUUCAACUCCAUCACCCUAACCUCAUCCGCAAACACCAGCACUAUUUCUCUCACAAUCAGCAAACAGUUCAUCAAAACUUCAUGCAAUUCAACCACAUAUCCUGGUGUUUGCUACAAAUCACUCUCCUCCUAUGCCUCCAAGGUCCAAACCAGCCCCCUGAAGCUCGCCAAUGUGGCUCUCACAGUAAGCCUAAAAGCUGCCCGCAACGCGUCUUCCACCAUCACACUGCUGCUGGAACGAAAAGGGAUGACCCGCAUGGAAACAUCAAUCGUUAAGGACUGUGUCGAGAAUUUUGGGGACUGCAUCGAUGAACUGCAGCAGUCCUUGCAGGAGUUCAAGAGCCUAGGAGGUGGGAAAAAUGUGGCUUUCCAAAUGGCUAAUAUAAAGACAUGGGUGAGUGCUGCAUUAACAGAUGAGUACACCUGCUCUGAUGGAUUUGAAGGCCAGAAGGUGAGCUCUUCCUUGCAGCAGCAAAUCAAGAAUUAUAUUUCGAAUGUUGCCAAGAUCACCAGCAAUGCUUUGGCUCUCAUCAACAAUCUUUCUGUUACUGAUAUUAAAUCCUAGUACAUCAUGGUCUUUUCCUUUUGGUUGGGGACUGAGUUCAGGGGUUUUACACUUUUAUUGGGUCGGUUUUCUAAGCAGCUGCUUCUCUGAUUUGGUCUUUUAAAUUGAUUUAACAAUAUCUAGUGUUUUAAUUCUAUGAAAAAAUUUGUCACUUUUUAAAUUAAAAGAAGCAAAUUGAAGAAGCAUUUUGGAAUAUGUUUUUUUUUUUUUUUUUUCAGUCUAUGUGGAGUGGUUUGUAUUUAUAGUGGUUGGUUUUGUUGUACAUUCUUGUGCUCAUCUUGAAGUUGAAAAUCAAUGAAGGAAAGCAUGCUUCAAAGUGAGUUGAA